UCUUUUUCGUCGCAGCCAAAAGGGUAGAUCAUCGUGUGAGAGUGAGAGAAGGAAGUCAACAAUGGCGUUGUUCUCUGCAACUGUUCCUCAAAACCUCUCCUUCGCUUCCUCACACAAACUCUCCUUCUAUCCUUCUUCUUCUUCAUCAUCUCACUUUCUUUCGUUUAACACUUCUCCAACAAAUCCAUCAAAGCUAAGCAAUCACAUUAUCACUUCUCCGCCAACCCCACGCGCCCAAAUCACACGCGCCAACGCGUCUUCUUCUCCGUCUGCAUCUGCCUCCUCCUUCCAUGGCCUCUGCUACGUCGUCGGCGACAACAUCGACACCGACCAGAUCAUCCCCGCCGAGUACCUCACUCUCGUCCCUUCUAAACCCGACGAGUACGUGAAACUCGGCUCCUUCGCCCUCAUCGGACUCCCCGCAUCCUACGCCGCACGAUUCGUAGAUCCCGGCGAGACCAAAUCCAAGUACGCAGUUGUCAUCGCCGGCGCAAACUUCGGCUGCGGCUCCUCCCGCGAGCACGCGCCGGUGGCGCUAGGCGCAUCCGGCGCUGCGGCGGUGGUGGCGGAGUCGUACGCUCGGAUCUUCUUCCGGAACUCGGUGGCGACCGGCGAGGUGUACCCGCUGGAGUCGGAGACGAGGCUGUGCGAGGAGUGCCGGACAGGCGAUGUGGUGACGAUCGAGCUCGGGGAGAGCCGUCUGAUAAAUCACACGACUGGGAAGGAGUAUAGGUUGAAGCCAAUCGGCGAUGCUGGUCCUGUGAUUGAGGCCGGUGGCAUCUUUGCCUAUGCUAGGAAAACUGGCAUGAUUCCUUCUCGUUGAGAAAGUCAUGUUGGCAUGUAGCAGUAGAUAUUUGGGGAGGCUAACUAGAUUUGUUCUUCGCACUCCUGGAAGUUGGAACAAUUCAUGGAUUUGUUGGACCUUUGGCCGCAACUAGCAAUUACCCAAUUAUUUGAGUACUCGCAGUAUACUGCCUAUUCAAGCUACUGUAUUGUCUUUAAUGUGUAAGUUAAUAGGUUGAAUGCAAAAUUAAGUGUUGUAAUUUGGCGUCGAAUAUGGAGUUUUACUCAUUAGAACAUUUGAACCUUUUGAUGCAUGUUGCAUCAGCAGGAUCUUUGGUAAUUCUCUUUUGUAUUCGUUUGCAAGGUGGGCCUUUUUUUUUUUUUUUUUAAAAUAUAAAAGCAAGGUGGAUUAGUAUUUACAUGUUCAAAUGCCAUAUA